AUGUUACUCGUCACUUGUCGGGCCAAGCCUGGGGGUUGUCUCGAUCUUGUUACAUUUGCUUGUGAAGCCAUUCAGGCAGUCACCUUGCCUCGUCUCCUUUCCUUUGGCAGAAUGAGCCCUUAUGAGUGGUACAACCCUCACCCGUGCCUGAGAGAGCGGGUAGACAUCCUGGAGAACCAGUACACGCUGGGAAACAGCCUCUGGUUCCCGGUCGGAGGUUUCAUGCAGCAGGGCUCGGAGAUUAUGCCCCGUGCUCUCUCCACGCGCUGUGUCAGCGGAGUCUGGUGGGCCUUUACUCUGAUCAUCAUCUCCUCAUACACAGCAAACCUUGCUGCCUUCCUGACAGUGCAGAGGAUGGAGGUCCCCAUCGAAUCUGCUGACGACCUCGCUGACCAAACCAACAUCGAGUAUGGCACCAUCCAUGGAGGAUCCACCAUGACAUUUUUCCAG